AUGCUUCUUCCUACCGCUGCAGUUUGGCUGUUCUACAUCGCUCGUCGCUCAUAUGCGUCAGGAUCGUACAACCUGCAGCCCGCAGCGUCUGCGUUGAGCCCGCAACUAUCCAAGGACGCCAUCAUCACGUUUCCAUGGGAUGCUCGUUGGGACGAUCUUCAAGUUCGUGGUGCCUCACCACGAAUAGCUCCCGACUAUAAUGUGGUAGUUGAGGUCGCGACUGAGUCCGACGUGCAGACAACGGUCGCGAUGGCCAAUCGUUUCAACAUCCCAUUCCUGGCCGUGACCGGGGGUCAUGGAUGGACCACAACGCUUAACAGCCUAUCGCAUGGUAUCCAAAUCAACAUGCGGAAGCUCAAUACCACGACACUUGGUCAGGACGGCAAGACUGCUAUCGUCGGAGGCGGAACGAUGCAACACGAGAUCACCCGCUCUCUGUUCGCCUCGGGCAAGUAUACUGGUGAGUCUGGACCCGUACCUUCAUAUACACGUAGUUGCUUACCGUGCUUAUCACUAGUUACCGGGCUAGGAGAAUGCGUGUCAGUAGCAGGCCCACUGCUGGGAGGCGGCCACAGUCUCCUCCAGAAUCAAUAUGGCUAUUCUCUUGACGGUCUCGUUUCCGCUCGCGUCAUCGUUGCCAGCGGCAAGGUUGUAGAAGCCUCCCGGACGAAGAAUGCCGAUCUGUUUUGGGCUCUACAAGGUGCAGGCCAUCAAUUUGGCAUUGUGACAAGCCUUGAAGUAAAGACUUACGAUAUUCCUUCCAACUGGACUGUCUACUCGAUCAUCUUCCCAUCUGACAAGGUCGAGGCGCUUUUCAGUCUGGUCAACGAAUUCGAAGAGCCGAGUACGGAACGCUCUGCGAAGCUAGCGCUCACAGGGGUAUUCGUGAGAAUACCUGCUGUUGAUCCCGGCAACCCCGUCGUAGCAUACACUGUCGCCUACGAGGGCACGGAAGCGGAAGCUGACCCCUAUGCCGCUCGUUUCAAAGCGCUCGGUCCAAUCUCUACCACAGUCUCCACGGACGUCAACUACGUAGAGCUAUACACGGUGACUGGAAACAACCUUGGAGGUCAACCUUGCAGGCGAAACCAGAACGUUGCAGGAGCCGGUGUCUCUCUACCUACCUGGGAUCUUGAGGGUGUUCGCAAAGCCUUCACGUUAUUUGGUAACAUCACAGCAGAUCCGCGCUUCAACACAUCCGUCACUCUGAUGGAGAAUUACGGCAUGCAGGGCGUACGAGCUAUCGACGUAUCUUCCACUGCGUUGGCACCCGAGGAACGCGAGUAUCCUAUUCUUGCAUCGCCGGUUCUGUGGUGGGUUGGCGACGAUGCGCAGACCAGCAAAGAUGCGUACGCACACACGCGCGCGAUGCGUGAUGCGCUAUACACUGGCGUCGACCGCACCAACCAGAAGCGACACUGCUAUGUUAAUUACGCUAACGGAGAAGAGGAUAGGUCUGAGAUGUAUGGGCACGAUGCUAGGCUCGCUAAGUUGGUCAAGUUGAAGGUUGAGUGGGAUCCGAAGAACAGGUUUGGAUACUACAACCCAAUAGUGUAG